CUCAAGCUUGAGAUGGAGAUGGCUGACCUCCAGGGCCAGCUACAGGGACUAGAGUCAAAGGUCGUGACCCUUCGUAAGGAGCUUAACACCCAGUCCAGUGAGAGCACAGAGUUAAGGACCCGUAGAGGAUCAGAGCUGAGCUCCCUGCAGCAGCUGAGGGACAGAGAGAGGGAGCUGGAGAGAGAAGUUGAGACCCUACGGGAGGAGAAGGAGAGAGAAGUCACCGCUCUGCUGGAGGAGAGAGGAAAGGAUGGAGAACGACUGGAACAGCUGUCUGUGCAGCACGAUGCAGUGUGUGAGGAGUUGAGAGGUCUACAGGCAGAGUUGUGUCAAGCGACAGAGCAGCAGAGGAGGGCAGAGAGAGAGGCUGAGGAACUACUAAGAGAGAACCAGGAAGUGGCGGGGACUGUCCUCUCGCUGGAGAGAGAGAGAGACCAGCUGGGACAGGACAUUGAGGAACUCAGGAUCCUGACGGUGUCCCAGCAGCACCAGUUAACCCAGGCCCAACAGCAGGUCUCCGGGCUGGAGGUAGAGAGUCUGCAGCUACAGGUCCAGGUCACCACGCUGCUCCAGACCAAGGAUGUGUUGCAGGGGGAGGUCCAGUGUCUGAGGGGAGAGAUGGAGAGAGGGAGGAGACAGACGGAGAAGGAGAAACAGGAGGAACGAGAGGAGAGAGAGAGGAGCCAGAGAGAGAGCGAGGUCUGGCAUGCUGACCUGGAAAGGCUACAGUUACUGGUAGAUCAGACGACAGAGAAAGGGACGAGAGAAGAGGAGGAACGGAGAGAAGAGAAGGAAGGAUGGCAGAGCGAGAGGAUGGCGUUGAGCUCGGAACUGGGGCACAGAGACGGAGAGGUGGUGGCGAUGAAGAACAGGAUGGAGGGAUUGGAGAAAGAGAAGGAGGAGAUGUCGUGUCUGUUGGAAGAGAGAGAUGCAGAGCUGGAGAGACUAACCGCAGAACACAAGAGUCACCAACACAGAGAGAGAACACUGAAGGAGGAGGGGGAGAGAUGGAGGGAGAGAGCAGAGGAGGGAGAGAGAUGGAGGGAGAAAGCAGAGGAGAGAGCAGAGGAGGGAGAGAGAUGGAGGGAGAAAGCAGAGGAGAUAGCAAAAGAGACCGAGUCUUUACUAGAGACGGAGAGGAGUCAGAGCAGAGACAGGAAUAAAGCACUACACUUGGCCAAGGAGGAGAGGGAGAGGGAGAGAGAACGGGCACAGGAAACAGAGCAGCAAAACGAGAGACUGGAAGAGGAGGUGAAGAAAUGGAAAGAAAGAGUGGAAGAACGGAUAAAAGAGGUAGCAAGGCUCUCGCAGCUCCUGAAGGAGAGAGAGGAGGAGGUGGAGGACUUUAGGGUGAGAACGGUAGAGAACGGUGGAGAAAGACAGAGACAGGAGGACGUGUUGAGGAGGAACAAGGAGGAGAGGGAAUGGUUGGGUGCCCAGCUGAGAGAGGAACAGGCGGAGGGAGAGAGACUGAGGUCCAGACUAGAGGAGGUGCAGAGAGGACAACGCCUCCUGCAGGAGGAUAGAGGAUGUCGCGUGGAGAGGCUGGGUGCUCAGGAGCAGGGAGCCGAGAUGACCAGGAGCAGGGAGAGAAGCAGGAAGGAGGUGCAGGAGAAAGAAGGGGACAACCAGAAGAUGAGAGAGGGGCUGAAGACGGCCAUGCAGGAGAUGUCUAGCCUGAAACAGCUGCUGGAGGAGAGCCACGGGGAGGGGGAGAGACUAAGGAGCCUCAUGCAGGAGAGGAAAGAGGAGAUGGUGAAGAGCAGGGACGAGAGCCUGCGUGCUGCCCGGGGGGAGGUGGAGGAGCUCCGAGGGAGGACCAGGGCUGUGGAGCAAGAGAAAAGGGAGGAGAAGGAGAGGAGACAGGAGGAGCUGGAGGAGGUGUUGGGAGAGAAGGAGAGGAGACAGGAGGAGCUGGAGGAGGCAGUGAGAGAGAAGGAGAGGAGACAGAAGGAGAUGGAGGAGGUGUUGGGAGAGAAGGAGAGGAGACAGAAGGAGAUGGAGGAGGUGUUGGGAGAGAAGGAGGCUGAGCUGACCAGCACCAGGGCCAGACUGGAUGUCCUGGAGAAACAGAAGACAGAGCUCAGAUGUCUGGCUGCUGAGAAGAGUCAGGCAGUUACACAGCUCAGAGAGAGGAUCAGAGAGGUGGAGGGAGAGAUGGAGGGAGUGAGAGAAGAGAAGAAGAGAGAGAUGGAGGGAGUGAGAGAAGAGAAGAAGAGAGAGAUGGAGACGUUGAGACAGGAAGAGCAGCAGAGGAGGGAGAGUCUGAAACUAAGGGAGCAGGAGAGCCUGAAGCGUGUCGAGUUAGUCACGGACAUGCUGAGAGAGAAGGAGACAGAGCUGGAGAGGGUGAGAGAGAAAGCUUACAGAGAGGAGAGGAAGAGAGACACAGAGGAAGUGAAACUGCAGAGUCUGCAGAAAGAAGAGACGGACGAACAGAGGAGACUUGGAGAGCCCGGGGACCAGAAGAGAGGAGAAGGAAGUCAGGAGUGUCCAGGAAGAGAUGUCUGGCUUCGGGACGAGGUAGUUACUCUGAGGAAGAGAGUGUCCUCCCAGCGCCUGGACAGAGAGGAAAGGGAGACACUGUUGAGACAGAGAGAGACAGAGCUUUACACCCUGAGAGAGAGAGUAGAGGAACUCAGUAAGGACAGAGACCGUAUCACAGCUGCCCUGGAGAAGACUGAGGCUUCCAUGAUUGGCUACCGGGACAGAGCCCACCAACAGGAGCAGAGCAGAGGGGCGGGAUCUGAGAGGUCCGCGGUCCAGCUAGAGAUGGACCCUGUGGUCCAGGACCGUCUGUCUGUCCUGCAGAGGUCCGUGGCCCAGCUAGAGAUGGACCCUGUGGUCCAGGACCGUCUGUCUGUCCUGCAGAGGUCCGCGGUCCAGCUAGAGAUGGACCCUGUGGUCCAGGACCGUCUGUCUGUCCUGCAGAGGUCCGUGGCCCAGCUAGAGUUGGACCAUCGACGGCUACAGAGGAGGAAUACACAACUGGAACAACGAGCUGACAGACUGAAGACCGAGAGGAAACGCCUCAGAGAGCUGCUGAUACAGACGGAGAGAGGAUCGUCACGUCGUGAGCUGUCCCAGUCCUCCAGCAGAGACGGAGACAGAGCCCAGGAAUCCAGGGGUUUGGUUGGUCUGGAAACAGAGGAGUUGAGACGCCUUCGGACCAAGGUGAAGAAGCUGGAGGACCAGGUACACCAACUACAGCUGACGCUCGUCCUCGACCACCGGGAAAGGGUGGAGUUUAUCCAACACUCCUCCAGGAACAACCAAUGGCUGGUGUCUCUUCGUCAAGACUUGACUGAUUCUCUGGUGUUGGUCUCGCAGCAACCAAUCCCCUCUGUGCUGGAGUCAGAGACACACCGAUUGGAUAGGAGUGCCAGGGAGGAGGAGCUGAGAUUGUCUCUCAGUCAGAGUUGAAGAUGAAGCGCAGUGUGUUUGCCUCCGGAAUGGCACCCUAUUGUCUUCCAGGGCUCUGG